CCUACAUGUAAGUCAAUGUUGGGUGGCUUCUUGUUGCAUGUAUCUUGCUUGUUUAUAUGUAUUUUGAUUGUAACUAACUUUAUAAUUAUUUUUUUGCAGGCAAUAACUGUUGGUUUCUUUGCUGAGUUUCCUCAGCCAGUUAAAGAUGCUGCAGAAGCUAUUGUUAAUGCUAGUGUUGAGAUAUAUGGCCGGAUGAGCACUGAUCUGUUACCAACUCCAGCAAAAUCUCAUUACAUAUUCAAUUUGAGAGAUCUCUCCAAGUGUAUACAAGGUGUGCUACAGGCUGAUCCUGGUGUCAUUAGAGAGCAUGAUCACAUUUUUAGACUUUUUUGUCACGAGUGUCAGCGCGUCUUCCAUGACAGGCUCAUCGACAAGACGGACAAGAAAUAUUUCUAUGGAAUAUUGUCAGAAAUGUCCUCAAAAUACUUCUCUAAAGAUGUUAGUGCUGAUAAGUUUGAGGAGUCUCCAAUAUUGUUUGGUGAUUUCCUAAAGAUUGGUGCAUCACCGACAGACAGAGUCUAUGAGGAGCUUGUAAAUACCAAUAAAGUCAUAAGUGUACUGGAAGAGUAUUUGGACGAUUUUAAUUUAAAUUCAUCCAAAGAAAUGAAACUGGUUUUCUUUUUAGACGCUGUGCAACAUGUAUCAAGGAUUGCUCGAAUGGUGCGUCAGCCAAGAGGUAAUGCACUUCUUGUUGGUGUGGGCGGUACUGGGAAACAAAGUCUUACAAGACUAGCAUCUCACAUGUGUGGAUAUAAAUGCUUUCAGAUUGAGUUAACAAGAGGUUAUAAUUAUGAAGCAUUUCAUGAUGACCUGAAGAAGUUGUAUGACAUGGCUGGAGUGAAAGGAGAAAAUACAGUCUUCCUUUUCACUGAUACACAGAUUGUUAUUGAAGAGUUUCUUGAAGAUAUCAAUAAUAUGCUUAACUCUGGUGAAGUCCCUAAUCUUUUUGCGGCAGACGAAUACGAACAAAUUUUGCAAAUGACAAGACCCAAAGCUAAAGAUGCUGGCAUAUCUGAACAAGACAGGGAUGGUAUAUUCUCCUAUUUCAUUAAUCUAGUACAAAACAAGCUACACAUUGUAUUGUGCAUGAGUCCUGUUGGUGAUGCCUUUAGAUCACGCUGCAGGAUGUUCCCAUCACUAGUUAACUGCUGCACCAUUGACUGGUUUACUGAAUGGCCACAGGAAGCACUUCUCUCUGUUGCUGAGACCUUCUUUGAGAAUGUUGACCUUGGAGAUGAUGCUAUGAAAAACAAGGUCUCAGAGAUGUGUGUUGAAAUACAUACGAGUGUGAGCUCAAUGGCUGAAGUGUUUUACAAUGAGUUAAGGAGGCGAUACUACACCACACCCACUUCAUACCUUGAGCUGAUCAACCUCUACUUAUCAAUGUUGCAGACUAAGAAGAAACAAUUGACAGCUGCUAGGGACAGGAUAGCUACAGGUUUAAAGAAAAUUCUAGAAACCAACGAACUAGUAGCAAACAUGCAGAUUGAACUGAAAGAGCUUGAGCCAGAGCUCCAGAAGAAAUCAGUCGAGACCCAGGAACUGAUGGAACGUCUUGAAGUGGACCAGGCCAAAGCAAACGAAGUUAGAGUCGUCGUGAAAUCAGAGGAAGCUAUUGCGAAGACUAAAGCUGACGAGACUGAAGCCAUUGCUAAUGAUGCACAGAAAGACCUGGAUGAAGCACUACCUGCACUCGAAUCAGCUAAUAAAGCUCUCAAUGCUCUUGAUAAAAAGGAUAUAUCUGAGAUUCGUGUAUUCACUAAGCCGCCCGAUCUUGUUAACACUGUUAUGGAGAGUAUUUGUAUCCUGUUUAACUCGCCACCAAACUGGCCGAGUGCUAAACAGCUCCUCGGUGACUCCAGUCUCAUGAAAAAGAUGAUCGAAUAUGACAAAGAUAAUAUACCAGACUCGACUCUUAAGAGGCUAAAGAAGUAUGUAGAUGAUCCUCAGUUUGAACCUGAUAUUGUUGAAAAGACAUCAAAAGCUUGCAAGUCAAUGUGUAUGUGGGUGAGAGCAAUGGACAAAUAUUCAAAAGUUUUCAGGACAGUAGAACCUAAGAGAGAGAGGUUAAAGGUAGCAAGAGGAGAAUUGAAUAAAAUGAUGUCAGAAUUAAAAGAAAAGCAAGCUGCCCUGGGGGAAGUAGAAGCAAAGAUUGCUCAAUUACAAGCUUCUUAUGAGAAGAGUGUCGCUGAGAAAGAAGAAUUAACUAAGAACAUUAGACAGACACAAGCUAGGCUUCAAAGAGCAAGCAAACUGACUACCGGUCUAGCUGAUGAACAAAUUAGAUGGAGUGAAUCAGUAAAGAAAUUAGAUGAAGAGGUCAAUAAUGUUGUUGGUAAUGUAUUUGUUGCAGCCGCUUGUGUUGCUUAUUAUGGAGCCUUCACUUCAUUAUACAGAGAAAAAUUAAUGUUAAAAUGGAUUGAGAGAUGUAAGGAGCUAGAGAUACCUGUCUCAGAUGAUCUGAGUCUAAUCUCGGUCCUAGCUGAUCCUUAUGAGAUAAGACAAUGGAACUCUAACGGUCUCCCAAGGGACAGUGUUUCAACUGAGAAUGCUAUACUUGUUACUAGAGGGAGGAGAUGGCCACUGAUGAUUGACCCUCAAGAACAAGCCAAUAGGUGGAUACGUAAUACAGAGAAUAAGAAUGGACUUAAAGUCAUCAAACUAACUGAUCCAAAUUACCUGAGGACACUUGAGAAUGCUAUUAGGAUUGGUACACCAGUACUAGUGGAAGAAGUUGAAGAACACUUAGACCCAUCACUGGAGCCUAUCCUUCUCAAGCAGACAUUCAUACAGGGUGGCAGACUCCUCAUUAGACUAGGAGACAGUGACAUUGACUAUGACAAGAACUUUAGGUUUUACAUGACUACAAAGAUGGCAAAUCCUCACUAUUUGCCUGAGAUUUGCAUUAAAGUGACUAUUAUUAAUUUCACUGUCACUAAGUCAGGUCUUGAGGAUCAACUGCUGAGUGAUGUGGUGAGACUGGAGAGGCCAGACUUAGAAAAGCAAAGGAAUGAACUCAUUGUCAACAUUAACUCUGCAAAAAAUGAACUAAAGAAAAUUGAGGACACUAUAUUGAAGUUGUUGUUUGAAUCGGAAGGGAAUAUAUUAGAUGAUGAGAAAUUGAUAGAAACUCUUGCAGCAUCAAAAAGAACGUCUGCACAAAUAUCAAAAAGGCUAGCUGAAGCUGAACAAACUGAGAUUCAAAUUUCAACUGCUAGAGAAAAGUACCGUACAGUGGCAACCAGAGGGUCAGUAAUGUACUUUGUUGUAGCCAUGAUGGCUGAUGUUGAUCCUAUGUACCAGUUCUCACUUAAAUAUUUCAGCAACUUGUUCAAUUUGUGUAUUGAGAACAGUGAGCCAUCAUCAGACCUACAGGUUAGACUGGACACAUUGUUGAGGAACACCACCAGCUCAAUAUACACUAAUGUGGCAAGAGGUCUGUUUGAACAGCAUAAGAUUGUGUUUUCUUUCAUGUUGUGUAUUGACAUUAUGAGACAGGCUGGCCUCAUCACUGAUACUGAGUGGAACUUCUUUUUAAGAGGAUCUGCUGGAAUAGAUAAAGAGUAUCCAGAGAAGCCUGAUGUCCCAUGGUUGUCACUGAGUCAGUGGAAGACAUGCUGUCAAAUGGAGGAAGUCCUCCCUUCAUUCAAAGGACUCUGCACUGACAUUAUAACAACUCCAGUCCAUUGCACUGUUGGAAGAUUAGAGGUCCAUGCUAACCCUCCUGAUUGGGAUGGUUAUACUGAGCUCAAUCCUCCUCCCCCUCCCUCUCCUCCUCCGGAAAGUGAUGGUGGGGAACAGGAAGCCCUUCCCACUCUCAUAGGUCACUGGGAUAAGAGGUUGACUUCUUUCCAGAAACUGAUUAUGACAAAAUCCUUCAAAGAAGAAAAGGUUGUGUUUGCUAUUGUUGAUUUUGUUGCUGAGAAUCUUGGCAAAUCAUUUGUCGAGAGCCCAUCCAUUGAUCUGUCAAUUUUAUUUGGAGACAUGUCCUCCACCACUCCCCUUGUCUUCAUACUCUCACAAGGCUCAGACCCAAUGAGUAAUUUCCUUAGAUUUGCUAAAGAGAAAGGUUACAUGGAGAGAAUACACGCCAUCUCUUUGGGACAGGGACAAGGACCUAUCGCUGAGAAAAUGAUCAACUCAGCAAAAUCCAACGGAGACUGGGUCUUCUUACAGAACUGUCAUUUGGCUGCCUCCUGGAUGUUGUCAAUGGAGAACAUUAUUAAAAACUUUACUUCACCUGAUGCAUAUGUUAAUGAUGAUUUCAGGCUAUUCUUAUCCUCAAUGCCUACUAGUAGUUUCCCAGUGUCAGUCCUACAGAAUGCAGUAAAGGUCACCAAUGAACCACCAAAGGGAUUGAGGGCUAACAUGAAGAGAGCAUUCACUGAGAUACAGCCAUCCUUCUUUGAGGAAAACGAACAAGGUAUAACAUGGCGUAAGCUUAUAUUUGGCCUCUGUUUCUUUCAUGCUAUCAUCCUUGAGAGAAAGAAAUUUGGUCCUCUGGGCUGGAACAUAAAAUAUGAAUUCACUGACAGUGAUCGUGGCUGUGCGCUUGAUAAUCUUAAGAUGUUCCUUGAAGAUGGAGACAUACCAUGGGAUGCACUAACAUUUAUUACAGGAGAGAUAACGUAUGGAGGUCGUGUUACUGAUGCUUGGGACCAAAGGUGCCUAAGGACUGUUCUUAAGAGAUUCUUUUCACCAAAAACACUCGAAGGUCAAUACAAGUACUCAAUGUCCGGUAAUUAUUAUUCUCCUGAGGCUGAUUCAAUCAAGGUCUAUCGUGAUUUUAUUGAUGCUUUGCCUUAUGACGAUGAUCCUGAAGUGUUUGGUAUGCACGAGAAUGCCAACAUUGCCUUUCAGACUCAAGAAACCUUUACAUUAGUAACUACAGUCCUUGAUGUGCAGCCAAGAAUGGCCAGCAGCGGAGGAGGAAAGACCAACGAUGAGAUUGUGUAUGAUUUAGCUGAGAAUAUCCUUCAACGUAUAAUGGAUACACUUGAUCUAGAUAAAGCAGAGCCUUCAUUGUUUGCUACAAAUGAGAGUGGUCAGAUUAGCUCAUUAUCUACUGUACUCAGUCAAGAAGUUGACAGAUUUAAUAAUCUCAUCAGAGUUAUUAAGAGCUCAUUAAAAAGUAUCCAGAAAGCUAUCAAAGGUCUUGUAGUAAUGUCUGAAGAAUUGGAAAGAGUGUACACUAGUUUCUUAAACAACCAGGUCCCAGGUUUAUGGGCUACUGCUGCUUAUCCUUCUCUUAAACCAUUAUCGUCCUGGGUCAAAGACCUAGUACUCAGGCUAAACUUUAUCGAGCGAUGGAUUCUUAUCGGCUCGCCUAAGUCUUACUGGAUGUCUGGCUUUUUCUUUCCACAAGGGUUUUUAACUGGUGCACUGCAGAAUCAUGCUAGAAAUUAUAACCUACCGAUCGACGAGUUGAGCUUCAAGUUUACCAUACUCCCUCACUAUCUUGACCAAGAGGCUUUUUAUGCUGCCUGUCAGAAAGGAGAGGAAGAGAAACUUGUAGAAAAUUUGGAGUCUCCAGAGGAUGGUGUAUUGAUCCACGGGUUGUUCAUGGAAGCAAUGAAAUGGGACGAUGACUCGAUGCAAAUUAUUGACUCUGUGCCUGGAGAAAUGAAUCCAUGUCUCCCUGUCACUCAUAUGGAACCGAGAAGGAACCACACUAUUGAUCCUAGCGAUUACACUGCUCCGCUAUACAAAACAGGUGCAAGAGCUGGAGUCCUAUCAACCACAGGUCAUUCUACUAAUUUUGUUGUUGCGUUCCAAUUACCAUCCAGUAAGCCUCAGGACUAUUGGAUAUCAAUGGGGUCUGCUUUACUGUGUCAAUUAAGUGAAUAGGAAAAUGAAAGAUGUGUCAUGAAAACAAUUUUAACACACAGAGAUAUGAUAUAACUACAUUGUAUAAUUGCAGAAAAUUUUACGGUAUUAUAGUAUAUUAAUGUACAUACAACGCAACCUUAUUACUUAAAAUAAUUAUGAUAGUCAAACUAAAA